AUGGCGGACGUCGAUCAUGGCCCCGAGCCGAAUCACCACCCCGCGGCCGACAUCCCCGAAUCCGAGCAUGCCUCCGUGGAUACAACUAGGGAAGCUCAAGAAGUUCCCACAAUGUUGACCUCUGACAAGCCGAUAUCAGUGUCUGAGAAGACAGAAUGGCAAGAAGUGAAGGAGCAGGAAGAGAAGGAGGUUCAAAAAGACCAGCAAGAAGAGGGUGAUAAACAAACCGAGGCACCCCAACAGGCAGCAAACGGACAAGACGAGGAGGAUGAUGAUGAAGUGAAGCCUGAAGUUCCACCAAAGGAUACAAAGGAGGAUACAUCCAAUGGCCCUCAGGUUGAAGAGCAGCGGCAGGUUGAUCUUGGGCCUCCCGAAAUUCACGAACCCGAGUCUACCGACGACAAUGCGCCGCCUGAUGCUCGAAUGCGCUCCGACUCGCGCUCAACCACGGCUACCUUUGCGACGCACCGAUCCACUGUCGUCAGCUCAACAGUUUUCAUCGUGACUGCCCUCGACGCCAUUGGCGCCUCCCGCGAAGCCCGCCGAAGCAAGGAGCUAGAGGACUCUGUCCAAGUAGCCUUGGCGAAUGUCAGACAGUCGGAUGGACAACCUAUCGAUCCGGAGCUUAUUUUCCGCCCUCUUCACCUGGCUAGCAAAACCCUCAGCAUUCCCCUCCAGGUGACUGCACUCGAUUGCAUUGGCAAGCUCAUCACAUACUCCUACUUUGCCUUCCCCUCCGCCGAAUCCGAAAGCGAGGCUACCCCGGAAAAGCCACCCUUGAUCGAACGAGCCAUUGACGCAAUUUGCGAUUGUUUCGAGAAUGAGGCGACUCCCAAUGAGAUUCAGCAGCAGAUCAUCAAAUCUUUGUUGGCUGCCGUGCUGAAUGACAAGAUCGUGGUGCAUGGAGCUGGUCUCCUGAAGGCAGUUCGCCAGAUCUAUAAUAUCUUCAUCUACUCCAAGUCGAGUCAGAACCAGCAAAUUGCUCAAGGCUCCUUGACUCAGAUGGUGAGCACGGUGUUUGACCGAGUUCGUGUUCGUUUGGACCUGAAGGAGCUCCGGAGUCGUGAGGUUGACAAAGUCACCGGUGCCAGCUUGGAUGCAUUAGCUAGUGACCAAGGUCAACUCUCAGAAGUUGCCUCCGUAUCUGCAGUCGAUCAAGGGGACCAAGUGGAUCAGCCAGACCAGCCCGUCAGCAAAGAACCCAACUCGGAGAAGCUCACUCUGCAGAGCUUCGAGUCGCCCAAGGAGGUGACCAGUGUCAAUGACAAUGCGCCGACUACGGUCACUCGUGCUAAACUGGCUCGGUACAACAUCGCACGGUCAAUUUCAGGCAUCCCCGAGGAUCGUGAAGAUGACAGUUCAACCGAGGAUGAUGUGGAUGAAGUCUACGUCAAGGACGCGUUCUUGGUUUUCCGCGCCUUGUGUAAGCUGAGCCACAAGGUUCUUGGCCACGACCAGCAACAAGAUAUCAAGUCACAGAACAUGCGUUCGAAGCUGCUCUCACUGCACCUCAUCCACUAUCUCAUCAACAACCACACCAGCACUUUCACCUCCCCGCUGGCUGCAAUCAGGAACAGCAGCUCAUCCAGCACGGAAGCCAUGACACUCGUCCAAGCUGUCCGGCCCCACCUGUGUCUAAGCCUGAGCCGGAAUGGCUCCAGCUCCGUUCCCCAUGUCUUCAAGGUCUGCUGCGAAAUUUUCUGGCUGAUGCUUAAGGAAAUGAGGGUUAUGAUGAAGAAAGAGCUGGAGGUGUUCCUCAAGGAGAUCUACCUAGCUAUCCUAGAGAAGCGGGCUGCCCCUUCGUUCCAGAAGCAAUAUUUUAUGGAAGUCUUGGAACGAUUGGGAGGUGACCCUCGUGCGUUGGUGGAGAUCUAUCUCAACUAUGAUUGUGACCGGACGGCGUUGGAGAACAUCUUCCAGAAUGUCGUUGAGCAGCUCUCGCGGUACUCAAGUCUGCCAGUUACCACCACAGCUUCGCAACAACAAUAUUUCCAGGACCAUCAUACCAAGAUGACCAACAUCGGGGCCGAGUGGCGCCAGCGUGGAACCCUACCUCCAUCGCUCACGACUGCCAACAUCACACCACCUCCCCAGCCAGCAGCGCCUAGCAUCCCUUCGGAUUACAUUCUGAAGCAUCAGGCUGUGGAGUCCCUCGUUGAGAUGCUCCGAUCUCUCGACAACUGGGGAUCUCAAUUGGAUGACCAAGCCGCCGCCGCCGCCGCCGCCGCUCAGUCACUUGGGCCAACCAAGUCGAUGGACAACUCUCGGGAAUCCCUGGAUACCAAUGUCCUCAUUUCCCCACGUCCAGAGAUCAGCGAGGCAGGCACUGGCCGAUCUACUCCUGCUCCGGAGGAUGACCCGAAUGAGAUUGAGAAGGUCAAACAGCGGAAGAUCGCUAUGAUGAACGCCACUCAACAAUUCAAUUUCAAGCCCAAGCGUGGUAUUAAGCUUUUCCUUUCAGAAGGGUUCAUUCGUUCAGACUCCCCCGAGGACAUUGCCAGCUUCUUGUUGCGCAAUGAUCGUCUUGACAAGGCUAUGCUUGGCGAGUAUCUGGGCGAAGGUGAACCCGAAAACAUCGCCAUUAUGCAUCAGUUUGUUGACCAGAUGGAUUUCACCAAACGACGCUUCGUCGAUGCUCUUCGGUCUUUCCUGCAGAACUUCCGUCUUCCCGGUGAAGCGCAAAAGAUUGAUCGUUUCAUGCUCAAGUUUGCGGAACGGUACACGACUCAGAAUCCUAACGCCUUUGCCAACGCAGACACGGCGUAUGUCUUGUCGUACUCGGUCAUCCUGCUCAACACCGACCUACACAGCGCUAAGAUGAAGGGUCCCCGAAUGAGCAAGGAGGACUUCAUCAAGAACAACCGCGGCAUCAACGACAGCCAAGACUUACCGACCGACUAUCUCAUCGCCAUCUACGAAGAAAUCGCCAACAACGAGAUUGUUCUCGACACCGAGCGAGAACACGCCGCUAAUCUGGGCAUCCAGGCCACUGCCCCGACCGGGUUGGCGACUCGAGCUGGACAAGUCUUUGCUACCGUCGGUCGAGACAUUCAAGGGGAGAAGUAUGCACAGGCAUCCGAGGAAAUGGCUAACAAGACUGAGCAAUUGUAUCGCUCGCUCAUCCGAGCCCAGCGCAAGACCGCCGUCCGUGAUGCGCUUUCUCGUUUCAUCCCCGCCACUUCUGUUCGACACGUUGGAUCCAUGUUCAAUGUCACCUGGAUGUCCUUUUUGUCCGGAUUGUCAGCUCCGAUGCAAGAUACCCAGAACCUUGAGACAAUCCGACUUUGCAUGGAAGGUCUCAAGUUAGCAAUCCGAAUCAGCUGCGCCUUUGAUCUGGAGACCCCUCGUGUCGCCUUUGUUACUGCCUUAGCAAAAUUCACCAACCUUGCAAAUGUUCGCGAAAUGAUGCCAAAGAACGUGGAGGCCUUGAAAGCUCUGCUUGACGUUGCUUUCACGGAAGGAAACCGUCUUCGGGGCUCAUGGCGGGAGAUUCUGACCUGCGUCAGUCAGCUUGACCGAUUGCAGCUGUUGAGCGACGGUGUGGACGAAGGCUCCCUGCCUGAUGUCUCACGAGCACCCACGACAUCCUCCGAUACUGCCUCUCGCAAGUCAAUGCAGUCUACCAGAAGACCUCGGCCACGGUCUGUUGGUGGACCCUCGGCCUUCCGCAUGGAGGUCGCCAUGGAAAGCCGAUCCGCCGAUAUGGUUCGCGGUGUCGAUCGGAUCUUCACCAACACCGCCAAUCUGUCACACGAAGCCAUCAUCGACUUUGUGCGGGCAUUGAGCGACGUUAGCUGGCAAGAAAUUCAGUCCUCGGGACACAGCGACUCUCCUCGCACGUACAGUCUGCAGAAGCUAGUUGAAAUCAGUUACUACAACAUGACUCGUGUCAGGAUUGAGUGGUCUAAGAUUUGGGAUGUUUUAGGCCAGCACUUCAAUCAGGUUGGCUGCCACUCCAACACAACCGUCGUGUUCUUCGCUUUGGAUUCUCUGCGACAGCUGUCAAUGCGGUUUAUGGAGAUUGGCGAAUUGCCCGGUUUCAAGUUCCAAAAGGAUUUCCUCAAGCCUUUCGAACAUGUUAUGGCAAACAGCACUACUGCUGCCGUCAAGGACAUGAUUCUUCGCUGUCUGAUUCAGAUGAUUCAGGCGCGUGGUGACAACAUCCGGUCCGGGUGGAAGACCAUGUUUGGCGUUUUCACCGUUGCUGCCCGUGAACCUUAUGAAGGAAUUGUGAAUAUGGCCUUUGACCAUGUCACUCAAAUCUAUAAUACUCGCUUCGGCGUUGUGAUCACGCAGGGUGCCUUCGCUGACCUGAUUGUUUGCUUGACGGAGUUCUCCAAGAAUUCCAAGUUCCAAAAGAAGUCAUUACAGGCGAUUGAGACGCUCAAGUCCACGGUUACCAAGAUGCUGCGUACUCCCGAGUGCCCGCUCUCCCACCGCGGCGGCGCUGCGGCCCAGCACUUCCAAGAGGAGGGAACCAACCUUGCCAAACAACUCACUCGGCAGUCGCAAGAAGAGCAGUUUUGGUAUCCCAUUCUCAUUGCCUUCCAGGAUGUGUUGAUGACCGGCGAUGAUCUUGAGGUCCGGUCCCGUGCACUGACUUACCUCUUUGAUACUCUGAUUCGACAUGGAGGUGACUUCCCUCGGGACUUCUGGGAUGUUCUUUGGCGCCAAUUGCUUUGCCCGAUCUUCGUCGUUCUGCAGUCCAAGUCUGAAAUGUCCAAGGUUCCCAAUCACGAAGAUCUUUCAGUCUGGCUGUCCACGACUAUGAUCCAAGCUCUGCGCAACAUGAUCACUCUUUUCACUCACUAUUUCGAGUCCUUGGAGUACAUGUUGAGUCGGUUCUUGGAACUGCUGACGUUGUGUAUCUGUCAAGAGAAUGACACUAUUGCCCGAAUUGGCAGCAACUGUCUGCAGCAGCUGAUUCUGCAGAACGUAUCCAAGUUCCGAGAGGAACAUUGGACCCAGGUCGUGGGCGCUUUCGUCGAGCUCUUCAGCAAGACAACUGCCUAUGAGCUCUUCACGGCGGCAGCAUCCAUGUCAAAAUUGACCGACACGCCCGCCAUUGCCACCACCAAUGGUGAUGUGGCCCAGUCUGAUGCCACAUCGGCUGAGCUUCCCGACUCGCUCCAAGCGAAUGGAUCUCAGAGCACCGCCUCUCUCCAGGAUGAAGGAGAACCACCCGUCCAGAGUGAGGUUCGGGCUGAGCUCGAGGACUACCGGCCCCCGACAGACUCGUCACAGCAACCCGCAGCCGUCACUGCGGCACGUCGUCGCUUCUUCAACCGGAUCAUCACCAACUGCGUUUUGCAGCUGCUCAUGAUCGAGACGGUCCACGAGCUCUUCUCCAACGACAAUGUCUAUGCCCAGAUCCCCAGCCACGAGCUUCUCCGGUUGAUGGGCCUGCUGAAGAAGAGUUAUCAGUUCGCCAAGAAGUUCAACGAGGACAAGGACCUUCGCAUGCAACUCUGGCGCCAAGGAUUCAUGAAGCAGCCACCCAACUUGUUGAAGCAAGAGAGUGGUAGUGCUGCCACCUAUGUCCAUAUACUCUUCCGGAUGUAUCACGACGAGCGAGAGGAGAGACAGAGCAGUCGCACCGAGACCGAGGCAGCUCUCAUUCCACUCUGUGCCGAUAUCAUUCGCAGCUUUGUCCGCCUCGACGAAGAGAGCCAACACCGCAACAUUGUGGCCUGGCGCCCCGUAGUGGUGGAUGUCAUUGAUGGUUAUAACAACUUCCCCCAGGACGGGUUCGACAAGCAUAUUGAGACCUUCUACCCGCUCGGUGUGGAGCUGCUUAGCCGUGACCUCAACCCGGAGAUUCGCAUUGCCUUACAGGGGCUUCUCCGUCGGGUCGGCGAAGUCCGCCUAGGCGUUGCUCCGUCCAACCCGUUGGAUGCUCCGAUCAGCCCGCGGAGCUCCGUCUCUCAAAAGGGUUCGCGCCGCGACAGCCAGGCCACCCAUUGAUGGGACUUUGUAUUCCUUAUUGUUUUCCUCUUGGGAUAUCCUCGCUUGGCUUUGUGAUUUACAGGUGAUCCAGGCGUUUCUAAUUUUCUCUCUUUCUUCCCCCCUAUUCUCCUGUUUCCCCAAGCUUCCUCCAAAUUUCUAGAGAUGGCAUAGCCGUGUACUGAUAAGACGUAAAAAUUUU